AUAUGCGACUGCCAUUUUGCAGAAAUCAUGAAAGGCCAUUUUCCUCGCCGGCAAUAUUAACCUUCCCAAUUACGCAGCACAUCACAAAUUAAAAUUUGAAGACUCGAUACACUUUUUUCGUUCUUCUGUUCAAGCACUUGUAAUUCAGUCAAGAUCUCGAAAAGUAUUGCUUUCUCCAUUUUCGCUGGCAGCCCUUUUCAGCAGACUUACAAAUCUCUCUGUUUUGCUGGCCUUCUUCCGCAUCCUGUUCCGUUCGGAGAUCAAGCUCUGCCGUUUUUCCUUUUCUACUUCCCCUUUUGACUUCAUUUAUUGUCCUGAUUUUUGGUAAUCUGUUACCAGUUGUUAGUUGGCUACCAAAUACGAAAUACUGACCCCAAACAUAAAUGCCUCCUCCGAGAUACAUCUCCUUUUAGCAAACCCCAGAAAUUGCUCACAAUCCCUAAUAUUUGCUGAUUAUUUUUCCGCCAUGAACGAGUCCACCAUCUCCGGCGAUUCUUCUUCCGGCAAUCAAACAUACCCUAAGAACCCACCUCUCAGGAAGAAGCGCAAUCUCCCAGGAAUGCCAGAUCCUGAUGCGGAGGUAAUUGCUCUAUCGCCCAAAACCCUGCUUGCCACGAACCGAUUCGUGUGCGAAAUCUGCAACAAGGGUUUCCAGCGGGACCAGAACCUGCAGCUCCACCGGCGCGGCCACAACCUGCCGUGGAAGCUCCGGCAGAGGUCCGGCAAGGACGUCAAGAAAAGGGUUUACAUCUGCCCCGAGCCCGGCUGCGUCCACCACGAUCCGGCCCGGGCCCUUGGUGACCUGACGGGGAUAAAGAAGCACUUUUGCCGCAAGCACGGCGAGAAAAAGUGGAAAUGCGAAAAGUGCUCCAAGAAAUACGCCGUUCAGUCAGACUGGAAAGCCCAUUCCAAGAUUUGUGGAACCCGAGAAUAUAGAUGCGAUUGUGGAACUUUGUUUUCUAGGAGGGAUAGUUUUAUUACGCACAGGGCUUUUUGUGAUGCCUUAGCAGUGGAAAGCGCGAAAGCCCGGACAACUGAGGUCCCUGUGAUUGCUGAAGAGGAUGAAGAUAAGAGUAAAACUGUUGAGGCUGUUAAGUUGUCUCCACCUCCGGCUGCCACAUCACCACCAUUGCCGCCGGAAGAAGCUCCGGCCUCUACAGUUUCCAUGGUGAACUCUGUUUUGCCUGUUCUUCUGAGUCCAGAAUUGCCUAAAACGCCAGGCCCAAAUCCGUCAACUGCACAAACUCUCUCAGAAAUCAUCACCAGUUGUUGCACCAGCAGCAACGCGUUGGCCACUGUUUUUGCUCCACCCACAUCUUCCGGAAGCUUCCAUUCUUCUCAGCCUACUGUAUCCCUCUGCCUCGCCACUAAUCAGAAUUCUUCAAUCUUCGACCGCCGGCAAUACGCUCCCGCCUUGUCAGCAACUGCAUUGCUGCAGAAGGCCGCUCAGAUGGGCCCAAAAUCGAACUCCUCCCUUCUUAUGGGCCUCGGUGUUGUUUCAAGCUCCUCGGGCCCAAAUGGGCCUUGUGGGCCUCAGCUUGAGUCCAACAGCGGGUUUGGGCCCGAACGGGCCACGCUAGACCUACUUGGGCUGGGGAUGGCGACAGCUGGCAGCGGCUCGGGCAGUGGGCUUUCAGCUCUGAUGACAUCCAUUGAUGUUGCUCGGUCGUUUGGUGGAGUGGAAUAUAGUGGCCAAGACAUGGGUAGGGGCCCGUGAAUUGAUUUGGAACUAAUGUGACAAUACUUGGUUAGGUCAAUUAUAUGUAAGUUAUCUGUGUAUUAGAUGAUGAUUAUUUAUUUAGGGAGUGGAUGUGAAUCGAGAUCUAUUAUACUGUGUAAAGAAAGAACAAUGUUGCUCGGUCGUGUGUUUGAUUGGGUGAUAAAAGCACGUGAUUUGUUCAAUUUGUGCCGACCGGUGAAUGUAUAUUUUGUCAUCAAGUUGUAUAUUUGUUGAACCCAUUCAAUGAGUUCAUAUUUGAUCAAUAUGUGGUGAAGUUGUGAUUGUUCGUUCAGCUCUUGUGGUGAAGUUGUG